CAGACAGACAACCGAGGAUUCAAGGGAGAGCGGCGCAAACGACUCCAGGUUCUUGCCACAAUUCCCGGCCAUUUUAGCACCCAUAUAGGGCUUCGCAAGCCAGGCACUUCUCGGUGAGGCUGCAGCAGCACUGCAUCGCUGCUUGAGCUUGUCGGCACGUUGGCAAGGCCAUCUUAGCGACCUGGUUCCUGUGCCCAAGCCCCGAACCACAAGUCACAACAAGCCAACCGAGGCCGCUUUCUCUCCUAAUAAUCAGUUCGAAGCCGUCCCCUUCUCCCCGAAAGCAAGAGUGCUACUGCCGCAUUCCGCGUCGGCGCCGAUAUACAUCGCAGGACCUCCGACAUCAUGGACUACGAGGCCCUUAAGGAGCAGUGGGGAGAGGUUGAGGAUCGCGAUGGCGUCCGCCUCAGCUGGAACGUCUUUCCAAGCUCUCGCAUGGAGGCGUCAAGGCUAGUCGUUCCUAUCGGCGCCCUCUACACUCCUCUCAAGGAGAAGCCCGACACUCCUCUGCUGCACUUCGAGCCCGUCACCUGCAAGCAGCCCUGCCGCUCAGUCCUCAAUCCUUUCUGCCAAGUUGAUGUGCGAGCCCGUCUCUGGAUCUGCCCGUUCUGCUUGUCCAGGAACCCUCUCCCCCCGCAUUAUAAGGAUAUCACUGCGAAUGCCAUUCCUCCAGAGCUUCACCCGUCCAACACGACGAUUGAGUACAGGCUUUCUCGCCCGGCACCGAGUCCGCCAAUCUUCCUCUAUGUCGUUGACACGUGCCAGGAGGAAGACAGCUUGGCCGCGCUUAAGGAGUCUCUCAUCAUGAGCCUCAGCCUUCUCCCCGAGCACGCCCUCGUUGGCCUAAUUACCUUUGGAACCAUGGCCCAGGUCCACGAGAUUGGCUACACCGAGUGCGCCAAGUCGUACGUCUUCCGAGGCAGCAAGGAAUACACGGCCAAACAGGUCCAGGAGAUGCUCGGCCUUGUACAGCCCACCAUGCGCCCGGGGAUGGUCCCUCACCAACCAGGCAGGCCCACGCCGAUGGGUCCUGCGUCUCGAUUCUUGCUCCCAGUUGCACAGGCCGAAUUCCAACUGACCAAGGCCCUCGAGCAGCUGCAGAAGGAUCCCUGGCCAGUGGCUAGCGACCGCAGAAAUCUGCGCUGCACUGGUGUUGCGCUGUCAGUAGCUGUCGGCCUUCUCGAGACAUCAUUCCAAAACGCCGGUGGGCGCAUCAUGCUAUUUGCCGGCGGUCCAGCCACCGAGGGACCCGGCAUGGUUGUUGGUCCUGAGUUGAGGGAACCAAUUCGCUCGCAUCACGAUAUCGACCGUGACAACAUCAAGUACUACAAGAAGGCGCUGAAGUUUUACGACAACCUCGCAAAGAGGACCGCCCACAACGGCCACACGAUUGACAUUUUUGUUGGCUGUCUCGAUCAGGUGGGGCUCUUGGAGAUGAAGGGGCUUUGCAACUCGACUGGCGGGCACAUGAUCUUGACCGACAGCUUCACCUCGUCCAUGUUCAAGCAGUCCUUCAUCCGCAUCUUUGAAAAGGAUGCUGACGACAACCUCUUGAUGGGCUUCAAUGCCGUUCUUGAAGUUCUUACCACCAAGGAACUCAAGGUCAGCGGCUUGAUCGGUCAUGCUGUCUCUCUGAACAAGAAAUCGACUUCGGUGGGCGAGACGGAGUGCGGUAUCGGCAACACCUGCUCGUGGAAGAUGUGCGGCAUUGACCCAGCUGCUAGCUACGGCAUUUACUUUGAGAUUGCCAGCCAGGGCGGCCCAUCGCAACACCAGCAGAGCCCUCAGAAGGGCAUGAUACAAUUCCUGACAUAUUACCAGCACUCGUCGGGCCAGUUCCACCUGCGCGUCACCACAAUUGCUCGCAACCUCAGCGGCCCGGCAGGGGAUCCCGCAAUCGCCCAAUCCUUUGACCAGGAAGCCGCUGCUGUACUCAUGUCCAGAAUUGCCGUUUUCAAGGCCGAGGUCGACGACGGGCCUGAUGUGCUUCGCUGGGUUGAUAGGAUGCUCAUCAGGCUGUGCUCGAGGUUCGCAGAUUACCGCAAAGAUGACCCUUCAUCGUUCAGGCUGGAAAAGAACUUCACACUCUACCCUCAGUUCAUGUUCCACCUACGGAGGAGUCAGUUCCUGCAAGUCUUCAACAACUCGCCGGAUGAGACGGCAUUCUAUCGGCACGUGCUCAACCAUGAGGAUGUCAGCAACUCCCUGAUCAUGAUCCAGCCCACUCUCGACUCGUAUACGUUUGACCAGGAAGGCGGGCAGCCUGUGCUCCUGGACUCCACCUCUAUCCAGCCAACACAUAUUCUUCUCCUCGACACCUUCUUCCACAUCCUCAUUUUCCACGGCGAGACUAUUGCCGAGUGGAGAAAAGCGGGCUACCAGGAUCAAGAAGGCUACGAGAACUUUGCAGCUCUCCUGGAGCAGCCGAAGGAGGAUGCCCGGGAACUUAUUACGGACCGCUUCCCUCUCCCCCGUUUCAUUGUGUGCGACCAGGGUGGCUCCCAGGCUCGCUUCUUGCUAUCUAAGCUGAACCCUUCGACCACACACACGUCUGGUGCUGGUGCCUACGGCGGCGUUGGAGCACAGAGCGCUCAGACCAUUUUCACGGACGAUGUGUCGCUGCAAACGUUCAUGGAGCAUCUGAUGAAACUGGCGGUCAGCGGCACAAGCUAAACGGUAUGUCUACGAUUUACUUGGACAGAUCGGUGUAGAAGGCAUGUUAAAGGGUGAGGGGGGCUAGAAUGGGCAAGGAAGGGAGUUGGUCGGGCAGUUAGUGGCCUGGCAGGAGGCUUAGAUAUGGUUCGGUGAUUGUCUAUGUGUAGCGCCAAUGUUGUGAAAACUGAGUAUCGGAAUACAGCGUGUUCUCAA